AUGAGUUCUCAUAUGGAAGGAGGUUCCACUACUCGCCCACCGCUGCUCACGGGAACCAACUACUCCUAUUGGAAAACUAAGAUGAAGAUGUUGAUAAAGUCAAUGGAUGAAGAUGCAUGGCGAACAGUGUUAACUGGAUGGAAGCGACCCGUUGCCACAUAUGAGAAAGGGAAUGAAAUUGAGAAGCAUGAGAAAGACUGGAGCAAAGCCGAACAAAUUGCAGCAAAUAUGAAUUCCGAAGCAUUGAAUGCUAUAUUCAAUGGAAUUGAUAUCAAUCAAUUCAAGAUAAUAUCGGCGUGUGAGUGUGCUAAAGAAGCAUGGGAGAAACUCCAAACAGCUUACGAGGGAACUGCUUCAGUCACACUAUCCAAACUUCAAAUGCUUUCCACCCGGUUUGAAGAUCUUCGUAUGGAAGAAAAUGAGACCGUGAGCGAGUUUAACUCCAUAUUAUGUGAAAUAUCAAAUGAAGCUCAUGGCCUCGGUGAAACUUAUCCUGAAGUUAAACUUGUACGAAAAGUGCUCAGAUCCAUGCCAGACCGAUUCGCGUACAAGAUCACUGCCAUAGACGAAGCAAGUGAUGUGGACUCAUUGCGACUUGAGGAUCUGAUUGGAAAUCUACAAACUUUUGAAAACAAGUUGAACAUCAGCAGAAUGGACAAGGAGAUGAAAAUUGCUCUGCAAACUGUAUCGGACACCACAACAUCUGUGCCUACUGUUCCUAUGACAGCACUUGAAGUCAAGCUCACAAAAUCCAUGUCCUUAAUAGCAAAAAACUUCGGAAAAUUCAUCAACAGAAAUGGACAUCCUACAAACUCUGAGAGAAAACCCAGGACUUCUACAGAUGAGCCAGAAGUCAAGAAGGGAAUUCGAUGUAGAGAGUGUCAUGGUUAUGGUCAUAUCCAAGCAGAAUGUGCUAACACUCUGAAAAAACAAAGAAAAUCACUUGCCACAACUUGGAGUGAUGACAACUCAGAGUCUGGUGAUGAGAGUGAAGCUAGUGACGAUGAUACAAACAAUGAUUUAUGUGGAACUUGCAGAAUCACAGAAGACACACUCGAAGACAUCACGUGCACAGAACCGCCACAUCUCAGAUAUGUCACACAUGAAAAUGAAAAUUACGAAAAUCUAAAUAUACAUUUUCUGUCCACAGGGAGUGACGAAUCAGAAGAUGAAGGUGAAGAGUCCAUCCAACAAAUUCAAAAACAAUUGGAUGAUCUCCUGAAGCAAUGUCAUGAAGUUAGUAAUGAAAAUAAACUCCUGAAAGAAAGAAUCAAAGAACAAGAGGAAGAAACCAAAGGAGUUAUCACAAAACUGAAUGACAAGAUUGAUGAACUUGAGAUGGAGAUUGAAUUCUUUGAAGUGGACUAUGAUGGUGAAAGAGCAAAAAGAAUCAGGAAAAAUCUUUUUCCAAAAAUGCAUGCUGAUGAUCACCAAGAUGUUUCACCGCCUGUUAGCACAAUGUUCGAGGCUUCUGUCACUAAGAUAAAUUGCACUGCAUUUCUUCCCUCAAAUAGAUUAGAUGAAAUCAUAAAUGCUCAUCCUUCUAAUUCCAAAAGAAUUGGUGGAUGCUCCAAACAUAUGACAGGUGAAAGGAAUUUCUUGUCAAAUCUGCAUAACAUGUCUAGUGGACAGGUUACUUUUGGAGAUGGAAAUAAGGCUUAUGUAAAAGGAAAAUGGGACUUGAAUGUUGGAGGAUUGCCAAACUUGAACAAUGUUCUGUAUGUGGAAGGUUUGAAAUCAAAUCUUCUGAGUGUAAGUCAGUUGUGUGACCUAUACGACUCUGUAUUGUUCACAAAGCGAUGCGUGAAAGGGGUACCACAACUGAAGACUGACACACCUGAGUCAUGUGGUGACUGUCCUCUGGGAAAACAAGUACGGACAUCUCACAAGAACACAGAUCAUGCAGGGACUAGUAGGACCUUGGAACUCAUUCACAUGGAUUUAAUGGGACCAAUGCAAACCGAGAGCAUUGGUGGAAAAAGCACCAAAGACACCACAGCAGAAUGGUGUGGUAGAAAGAAAGAACAAAACUCUCCAAGAAAUGACUCGCGUAAUGCUCAUCUCAGCAAGAGUGGCCACAAAGUUCUAGGCUGA